UAUCAUCUGCAAUAUCGGCCAUCUCCUUCGUUAAACUCCCAAACCCUGUUCAUUGAGAAAGAUGAGCUCUCCAAUCUCCAUUUCCAUGGCAUCAAGCUCCACAACCCUAUUGAUGAAACCCAAACUAAAUCAUCUUUUAACUAACCGUUCAUUUAAUCCAAAUCGCCCCUCUUUUUCUUCAAAAAGAGUUUCUUUCCGUAUAGAUGCCGUCCUCUCAGACACCAAACAAUUAGUCCUUAAGGAUUUCCAUGAAAGAAGAGCUCUCAAGAUAAUUUCCGGUUUACAGAAUCUGAACAGAGAGAAUGUCGCUUCUGUUGUUACCGCAGCUGAUAAGGGUGGAGCAACUCAUGUGGAUAUUGCUUGUGACCCAGAUUUAGUGAAGCUUGCCACUACCUUGACUUCACUUCCUAUUUGUGUGUCAUCUGUUGACCCUUCUGCUUUCUUAGCUGCGGUUGAAGCAGGAGCAUUGAUGGUUGAAAUUGGAAACUAUGAUUCAUUCUAUGAAAUGGGAAUUCUUUUCUCUCCUGAACAGAUAAUUGAACUAACGAGAGAAACAAGGAGAAUUCUUCCUUCGGUGACUUUAUCCGUGACUGUGCCUCACACGCUUAGCCUCCCGGAUCAAGUUAAGUUGGCUGAGCAGUUGGAAGAAGAAGGAGUUGAUAUUAUCCAAACUGAAGGAGGGAAAUGCUCUAAUCCUUCUAAAGCUGGUGUUCUUGGUUUGAUUGAGAAGGCAUCACCGACGCUAUCAGCUGCAUAUUCGAUUUCCAGGGCAGUGAAGAUACCCGUUAUGUGUUCAUCUGGUUUAAGUGCAGUUACUGCUCCAAUGGCCAUUGCUGCCGGAGCUGCUGGUGUGGGAGUGGGCUCGGCAAUUAACAAGUUGAAUGAUGUUGUGGCUAUGAUAGCCGAGGUUAGAAGCAUUGCUGACUCGAUGAAUCUUUCAAUUCCAACAGGAAGAAGCUCAGUAGAGAAGAAGAUCACACAACUUUGAGACUGCUAAAAUUUUGGUUUUCUAUCUUUUUAAGUUCGCAGUUCCAUUUAAAUGUUGUUUUUCAACUUAGAUGGUUUGUUAACACUAACAUCUUCUAUUGUGCACUGUCUAUAAUUAAGUUAUAAUUGUUUGAGAUC